GGCCGGCGCGGAGGGGACGCACGGCCCGCCCGAGCCGGCCGGCGCCGUGGUGGUGGUGACGGCGCCGGCGCUCUACCGGCCCGAGCAGCGGCUCGUGCAGCGCUCGGCCUCCUUCUCCACGGAGCUGCGCAGUGGGCCGGCCGCCAGCGGGGACUCGGGGUCACCUGAGGCCGGCGGAGGGCCCCGGCCGGCCGCCACGUCCACCAAGCAGUCGCGGCCGGCCGAGGGCGGCAGUCCGGCGCGGCCCCGCAAACUCAGCCGCCUGGAGCGCCGCCUGGAGCGUCUGGACGCCUGCGUGGACGCCGUCCAGGCGCAGCUGCUCCAGCUGGAAGGCCACCUGGACGCCCGGAUAGAGAGCCAGGCGAGGGAACAAGACCAGGAACAGUAUGACGAUGAGCAUUACGAAGAGCUGGACGGAGAACGCGAGGGAAGCGGACCCGUAAACCAGCCGGAGGACCAGCACGAACACCAGCUUCGGAAGCAGUCCUCCACAGUACUGGAGGUGGACCUGUGCGCGGAGUCGGAGAGUCUGACGCCCGUGCCGCCGGCGGUGCGCGAGGAUGGCCGACUGGAGACCGCGCCCGGCCGGCGGCCCCCCUCCCUGGCCAGCACCCCGUCGCCGCUGGGCCGGCCGCGCACCCUGACACCGUCUGCCUCUGAGGACGUCGAGGUGGACGGAUGGCGGCUGCCGGGCCGGGUCACCCCCCAGACGCCCACCGCGCGACGGACUCCGGUACUGGAGACCGCCGGAGGACACGAGCUGCCGCCCCCGCCGCCGCCGCCGCCCCAGUCGCCGCCGCUCGGGACACCGGCGGCCGGGGAGGAGCUGCCGCCGCCGCCGGAGCUGGGGAGUCUGCCGCCGCCGCCACCGGAGCUGGAGCUGGCCGGCCUGCCGCCGCCGCCGCCGCCGUACGACGAGCCGGCGACUGGCGCGGACAGAGCUCCCUCUGACGACUGCGCGGAGCUGCCGCCGCCGCUGGAGCCGUGGACGCAGCCCCCGGUCGAGCCGCGCGCCGCCGCGCCCGAGCCGUCUCCGUCUCCGCCGCUGUCUCCGGAGACGGCGCGCACAGUGGCGGAGACGGCGGCGGCGCCCCGUCAGCGGACGGGGCCGGCCGACAUCAGCGGUGACGUGUCUGCGGACCUGGACGUCAGUGGGACCGGAGACGAGGGCAUGGAGCUGCAGUACGCGCACCGGGUCAGCGUGACGGAGCCGGCCGACGAGCCGGCCGAGCAGGACGAGCCGCCGACUCAUUCCGACGCCGCCGCGAGCCCGAGGGAACUGGGACGGAGUGAGACGCCGGGAGACUCGCUGGAGACUCGUCUCACAGAGAGCCGAGAAUGGGUGGAGCUGAAGGUACUGGAGAUGAGCCCGGAGCUGACCCACCUGGGACACAGCCUGGAGGAGGCGCAGCUGCUCCAAAAACAGCACGACGAGGUGCUGCAGAAACUUGCGAGCAAACAGUCGCCGGUGGAGGAGCUGCUCAACCAGGCCGACCAGCUGAUCGCCAGCCAGAAGCCCAAGGCCGAGGUGUACUCGGCCAUGGCCGAGAGCCUGGGGCUGGCCUGGCGCGACCUGAACGGCCAGCUGGAAAGCCGCCGCCAGCUGCUGCAGCACAGCGUCGCCUUCCACAGCCGGGCGCGGAACUUUAGCGACAGCAUGGACCUGGCGGAGCGGGUGUUCAGCGACGUCCGGAUUCCGGCCGACUCGGAGGAGGCCCAGGCCGCCAUCAAACAGCUCACCGACGUGAAAAAGGCGAUGCUGGAGGCGUCGAUGGUGACGCUGCAGGAGGGCAACCAGUUGCUGGAGCAGCUGCGCCAGCUGGCGCUGCGAGGAACGAUCGACUCCCGACCGAACCAGAUCCGCACCACCGUCCAGACCGCCUGUAGCCAGGUGGAGCGGUGGCUGGAGGAACUGCACGACCGACGCCGCUGUCUGGAGGUUCUCUUCAACAACCGGCGCACGAUUCUGGACCAGUGCCGCGCCCUCUGCCAGCUCUACACCGACCUGGGCGGUGUCCAGAAGCGGGCAGAGCUGGUCAGGAGGCAGCUGGCCGCCGGCUGCCAGCUGGGCGCGUCCGCGCACGCCGCCGACCUGCUGCUGCACGAACACUCCAAAAUCGAACUGGAGGCCAAGGCGCUGCAGGACCGGGCGCUGGCGCUGCUGCGCUCUGCCGAGGCGCUGGUCCGCGCCGACACAUACGCCCGCCACGAGCCGGCCACCCGCGCCUACGCCGUGCUGGAGAUCUGCAGCCAGCUAAUGGAGCUGGCCGAGCGGCGGCGCGGCCUGCUCACCGGCGCCGCCCAGUUCUUCGACCAGGCGCAAAAGGCCUGUGAUCAGCUGGACCGGAUGGAGGAGGCGCUGCGCGCCGCGCCGGCCGCCGAGCGGGCGCUGGUGCACGCGCAGACGGCCGAGUCUCUGCGCUCCGCCGGCGAGCCGGCCGCGCGGCUGGGUAACCAGCUGCUGGACCUGGCCGGCCGCGGCGCCGACGGAACAGAGGGUGUGUCCGAGUGUCUGGAGACGCUGCAGCGUCGGCUGGAGGCGCUCGAGCAGCUCUGCACCGCACACAAGGAGGAGAGCCUGCGGCAGACGCAGCUGUAUAACGACUUCCUCGAGAAGUACAACACGCUGUUCGGCUGGAUGGUGGGCGAGGCAGAGACCUUCCUUCGGACGCACACCGACCCUGGCCAGGCGCUGGAGCCGGCCAGCACCUUCUCCCAGCUGCACCAGCACAUGCAGCACGACGUCGAGGCGCGCGGCCGUGACAUGGAGGCCCUGUUGGACUCUGUGCCGGCCCUGUCGGAGCAGCUGGGCGCCGAGAGAGCGGCCGACCUCCAGCGGAAGGCCGAGGACAUGCGCGCCCAGUGGAACAGCAUCUACAGAAUCAUCAGCUCCCGGCAGGAGCUGCUGCGGCCGUACGGCCAGUUCCACCAGCGGGCCGAGCAGCUGCAGCGGACGCUGGACGAGCUGCGCGCUGCGCUGGACGGACGGCCGCUGACCGAGGACGACAUCGCACUGGUGGAGGCCCGCUGGCCAGGCAUGCAGCAGCAGUACCACCAGCUGGCCGACGCCGGAAAGGCCUUCGUCGACAUGGCGCAAAACUGCAAGGACCCGUACCUGGACGCGCGGCGCGCCUGCCUCUGCGUGGAGUCCAUCCUGGAGCACCUGCGCGCCGACCAGCUGAAGGUCACCGAGACGUACGAGCGUGUCCAGCUGAGUAUGAGCACGGCGCGCCAGCUGCAGCGCGACUGGGAAACGUGCGCGCGGGACUCCAAACAGACUCUGGAGAGCGCCUCCCGCCUGCUCGGUGAGCUGUUCCCUGUGCUGCGCGACCCGCCCCGGCCGGCCCGGGAGCGCGGCAGCCAGUGCCAGCAGGCGGCGCAGGACCGCGUGCCGCAGCUGGAGCGGCUCAGACAGGAGCUGGAGCAGCGCGCCAGGAGCGCCGAGAAACUGCGGGACGCAGACACGGGCGGCGAGGCCGACCGGCUGGCGCAGCAGCUGAGCCGUCAGCGUGAUCACGUGACCACCGUCACCACCGAGUACCAGAUGACGCUACAGAUGAUGCAGACCUACUUCAAAAACGUCGCAGAGCUGGACUCUGGCAUUGAGAAGCAGCGCUCCACGUACCAGAGCGGGCCGCUGCCGAGCGCUCCGGCCGACUGCCAGCAGCGCCUCCAGGAGCUGGAGUCCAGCCAGCGCGCCUUCCAGGAGCUCUUCAGGUUCGCUGGCGGCGAGCUGGAGCGGCUGGAGGAGCGCGUCCGCCAGGUGGAGCCGCCGGCGGCCGCCGCUCAGGACAUCAGGGAGCUGCGCUCGGCACUGGACACGCAGACGACCAAGUGUGAGCAGACGUGGAGCUCUCGCCGGGGGCAGCUGGAGCGCCAGGCCGCCUCCACGGCCUUCAACUCGGAGCUGGGAGCCAUUAACGGCCAGCUGGCAGAGCUGAGCUCCCAGCUGGACACCAUGAGGGGGCAGUACGGCGAGACGCGCCGGGAAGCCGAGCAGACCAGCCGCGCCUUCCGCAACUUCGAGGACACCAUAUCGAACACGGGUAGUCAGAUCCAGAGUUUCGUCAGCACGGCGGAGGGGUUCCUCGGCGGGACGCCAGAGCCGGAGCGGGUCCAUCUGGAGCUGGAGACGGUGCAGAACAAGUGGUCCUCCUUCCACCGGCAGGUCGGCGACAACCGGAAGCUGAUCGACCUCUCCAUCCAGUACUUCAAACUGGUCGAGGAGUCUGAGGACUGGUACAAGGAGGGCGGUAAACUGCUGGUGGAUAUCGCCCGUAAGACCACCCAGAUCCGCUCGCCAGAGGAGGCCCAGCGGCUGAGGACCGAGAUCAACCUGUUCCUCUCGCCGGGCGAGCAGCUCCAGGAGGAGCGGCUGAGGACCAUCUCCGUGAUGGCCGAGCAGCUGUAUGGCACCCCGCAGCCGGAGCGUGUACAGACGGUGACGCAGCAGCACCGCGACAUGGUGGACUCUCUGACCACGGUCCGACACGAGCUGCAGCGGCUCGUCGAGAAGCUGGAGGAGGCCGACUCGGAGCGGGAGCAGCUGCGCCGCCACAACGACCAGCUGGCCGUCGACAUGAGGGCCGCGCAGCAGGAGGCAGACGCGGCGCGCGCCGCCGCCUCGGCUGCCGAGGAGGCGCGCCGCGCGGCGGAGGCGGCCGCGCUGGCGCUGCAGGAGAUGCCGCGGCCCAUCACGCCGCUGGUCGUACCCAAGGUGGACGUCUGCACUGAGACACUCACAGAGGUCACCAAGGUGACGGUGGACAGGUACACCCAGGGCGUCCCUGUCGGUACGGCCGACGCGGCCACCCAGCAGGCGGCAGUGCACACGGCCGACGCCGGCACGCAGCAGGCGGCCGUCGGCACCGCGGACGCCGCCACGCAGGAGAUCCCGGCCACCUCGGACGCCGCCACUCAGGAGAUGGCCGUCGGCACGGCCGACGCGUCCACGCAGCGCGCCACGGCCGCCACCGCCGACGCCUGCACGCAGCAGAUUCCGGUGGGCACCUCCGACGCGGCGACACAGGAGAUCCCCGUGGGGACGUCGGACGCCGCCACGCAGAAGGUGUCUUUCGGCACGGACGUGUCGACUCAGAACGUGGCCCUGGUGGCGGACGUGUCCACGCAGAAGGUGUCGGCCGGGACGGACGCCUCCACGCAGGACCUCCCCGUGAGCACCUCGGACGCGGCCACGCAGAAGGUCUCCAGCGGCACAGACGCCGCCACGCAGAAAAUCACCAUGGGAACCGACGCUUCAACCCAGAACGUCACUGUUGGCACUGACGCCUCCACGCAGAACACGACAGUGGGAACGGAUGUCUCUACACAGAAAAUCACCAUGGGGACGGACGCCUCGACCCAGGACACCACGUCGGCGGCGGACGCGGCCACUCAGAAGGUGACGGCGGCCACGGACGCGGCCACUCAGAAGGUGACUCUGGCGGCGGACGCCUCGACUCAGGAGAGCGGCGUCUCGGUGGUGGACGCCGGCACGGAGCCGUGCCUCCCGGACCUGCCCGCGGAGGUGCCGGCCGCCGAGGAGCCGGUGACGGCCGCCCGCCGGCCGCGCUCCGCCCAGCCGCCGCCGGCGCCGGCCGCUCCGCUCGUACCGCCCGUGUUCACGGUUCCCCUGGCGGACCGCACCGUACCGGAGGGCGAGAGGCACGUGCUGCAGGCCCGUGUGUCCGGAGAGCCGGCCCCGACCGUCACCUGGCACAAGGACGGCCGGCCGUGCGGCGCCAACUCGGAGUACGAGCUGAGCCGCACGGCCGACGGCCUGUGCUCGCUGCUCAUCGAGGAGACCCUGGUCGAGGACAGCGCCGUGUUCACGUGCCGCGCCGAGAACGCCGCCGGGGUGGCCGAGACCAGCGGCCGGCUCACCGUCCGCGAGCUGGAGCGCGGCCAGUCGCCGGCGUUCAGCCGCCCGCUGCGCGACCUGCGGGUGGAGCCGGGCCGUCCGCUGGUGCUGCACGCCACCGUGUCCGGCUCGCCGACACCGCAGGUCAGCUGGCUGCACAACGGCGCCAGCGUGGACGCCGACCGCCGCUACCUGACCACCGUCAACAACGGCCAGUGCACGCUGCGCGCCGAGGCGGCCGAGCCGCGCGACCAGGGCGUCUUCGUGUGCCGCGCCGCCAACGCGCUCGGCUUCGACCAGACCUCGGCCACCGUCCGCAUCCAGACGCGCGUGCCGUACGAGAAGCCCCAGUUCUGCAGUCCGCUGAGUAACGUCAUGGCGCGCACCGGCCAGAAGCUGCGGCUCGAGUGUGAGGUCACCGGUCUGCCGCACCCGGAGCUGAGCUGGCUGCACAACGGACGGCCCGUGCAGGAGGGACGCGACACACGGGUGACCUUUGACGGCCGUCGCGCCACGCUCACCAUCCCGGAGGCGUUCCCCAAGGACGCCGGGACGUACGUCAUCGUGGCCAAAAACGAGGCCGGCGAGGCCAGCUGCCAGUGCCACGUCUCCGUCAAGGGCCGUCUGCCGACCGAGACGUCCGACUCGGAGUUUGCCAGUGACGCGGAGCCGGUGAAGCCGUGUGUCGAGGUGCAGCUGCGAGACCUGACUGUGGAGCGCGGCCAGCGCGCGCAGCUCGACUGCGUCAUCACCGGCCAGCCAGAGCCAGAGGUGAUUUGGUACCACGGCGAGCUGCCGGUGAAGGAGUCGCGCGACUACCAGCUGCUGUUCCACGGCGACCGGUGCACGCUGGUCAUUAACAGCGCGCUGUCAGAGGACGCCGGCCCCUACUCGGUGGUGGCCAUCAACUCGGCCGGCGAGGCCAGCUCGCGCUGCGCCCUCAACGUGCUCGCGCCGCGCACCCCCACCCCGGAGGAGGUGACCGAGGAGCCCAAGUUCACCCGGCUGCUGACGGACGCCAGUGCCCGGGAGGGCGAGCAGGAGGUGCUGGAGGCCGAGGUCACCGGCACGCCGGCGCCGACCGUCACCUGGCUCAAGGACGGCCGGGAGAUCCGAUCCACGGAGAGCGUCAAGCUCUCCCUGGAUGGGGGCCGCGCCCGGCUGGAGAUCGGCUCCUGUCUGCCGCAGCACGCCGGUAACUACAUCUGUGUGGCCUCCAACCGAGCCGGCGAGGCGCGCUGCUUCGCGCACGUGACGGUUCGCGCGCGGCCGCAGCCGGUGCAGUUCCGCGCGCCGCCGCCCAUGCAGCCGCCCGUGUUCGUGCAGAUCUUCAAGGACCAACACGUGGCAGAGGGAGAUGACGUGCUCUACCAGUGCAUCAUCGACGGCAAACCCAAACCGACGGUGCAGUGGCUGUUUGACGACGGCCCGCUGCCCUCGGAGAAGUUCUCCGUCUCCUCGGAGGGCCAGCACCACGUGCUGAGGAUUCGGUCCGCAGAGCUCGACCACUGCGGACGCGUCAAGUGCAUCGCCGAGAACGACAUCGGAAAGGCCACCUGUGUGGCCCAGCUCUCCGUCGAAGAGCCGGUGUCCGACCUGCCGCCGCCCACCGUCAGCCAGAUGAUCGCCCUCUCCGGCGGCGCCACCAACAGCCAGACGGCCAAGUCGUUCACCAUGAAGAAAACCUUGCACACUGAGGUCCACGAACAGACGCAGGUGAUUAACGGUGGCAGGAGACCGAAGCCGGCGGAGGAGCAGGAUCAGGAGCGCAGUCAGGAGGUGCACUCCAGCAUCGCGGUUCCUCCCGAGGAGCCGCUGCACCGGACCACCUACGAGGAGGUCCACCGCGGCGAGGUGGCGGAGCGGGUCGAGAAGAAGGUGCCGGCCAAGCCGCCGCGCUUCCUGACUCCGCUGCAGGGUCAGAUGGUGCGCCAGGGCGAGACGGCCCGCCUGGAGGGGGCCUACACAGGCUCGCCGGCCCCCGAGGUGCAGUGGCUCCGGGAUGGCGCCCCGCUGCCGGCCGACGCCGCGCCCCGGCUGGUGACGUCACACGAGCCGGGCCGCGUCACGCUGACGGUGGAUGACGUCACCGAGGCGGACGCCGGCCGGUACACGUGCACCAUGAAGAACGCCGCCGGCACGGCCACCAGCACCGCCGACCUCGUCGUCAAAAAGACGGUGUUCCCGCCGGUGUUCGACCACCGGCUGAAGGCGCAGGUGGCCCAGCCGGGCCAGCGGGUGUUCCUGGAGGCCACGGUGAGCGGCACGCCGAACCCGCAGGUGGUCUGGAGCCGGGACGGAGCGCCGCUCCACCCCGAGCGGCACCGCGUCAAGGAGGAGGGCAGCCGGCACAUCCUCGUCAUCGAGACAGUGACGAGGGAGGAUGCGGGCAAGUACAGCAUUCGGGCGACGAACGCCGCCGGCGAGGCGACCUCGAUCGCUGACCUGGUGGUGACGGACCAGGUGCCGCUGCUGGUGGAGCGCCGGCUCACCACGCAGAACCUCACUGAGAAGGAGUAUAAGGCGACGCUUGGGCAGAGCAGUGUGGCCUGCGAGACGGCGCCGGCCGCCCCUGAGCCAUCCGCGCCUGCCCCGGCCGCCGCUCCUGCCGCGCCUGCCGCCGCCACUGCUCCCGCUGCUCCUGCCGCCGCGCCGGCCGGCGAGCUGAGUCGCCUGGAGACGCGCUCCCGACACGAGCUGCAGCAGCACAAGGAGCUGCGGAUGACCACGGGCGGUGUGUCGGUGGACCUGGCGGACGCCGGCCGGCCCGAGCCGCCCAUCGCCAGGCAGGUGAUCCCGCAGACGGACGACGCCCAGAGCGACGCCACCAGGCAGAGCCAGCUGACGCGCCUCUCGGAGAUCGCCGAGAUUCCCGAGCCGCCGCCGGCGCGCCGCAGCGUCAGCGAGCUGAGGAAACUCGCCGAGGAGAAGAUCAGGGAGGGCGAGACCGUGCAGGAGAAGGUGACCAAGACCACCGUCAACCGAGAGCCCAGGAUCCCCGAGCUGACCGCGACACCGCCGCCCGUGCAGCCGCCGCCACCGACUGCCGUGAAAACCACCACCACGUCCCACGAGGUGAAGUCCCACACCCUCCGGCAGACCACCGAGACCUCGGUAAAGCAGCCGCCGCCGCCGGCGAAGGAGCCCCCGAGGCCGGCCCCGAAGCCGGCGGUGCCGCCGCCGUCCGCCGCUGCCGUCCCGGCGCCCCAGCAGCCGGCGCCGCCGGCCGUCCGGUCGCCGGUGUACGGACGGACCGCCAGCGAAGCCGCGCUCACAGCCGAGCAGCUGGCCGUGGGCCGGGCGGCGCCCGCGGCCGCGGCCGCCCCGGCGCCACAGGUCCACAGCGGAGCCAGCCUGUACAGGUUCCCGAAACCGGCUCCCGUGCAAACUCCAGCCCCAGCUCCUGCUCCUGUCCCGGCCCCGGCCCCAGCUCCAGCCCCAGCCCCAGCCCUAGCUCCAGCCCCAGCCCCGGCUCCAGCUCCAGCCCCAGCCCCAGCCCUGGCUCCAGCUCCUGCUCCUGUCCUAGCUCCUGUUCCAGCCCCAGCACCUGCGCCACUGACGUACGUAUCCCACGCGGCUGCGGCCCACCAGCCGUACAAACCGCCGGUCCCGGCCCCAGCGACGGUCACCAGCGAGAUAAGGACGAGCAGCGAGCAGCGCGUGACGAGCGAGCAGCGCGUCACGAGUGAGCACCGAGUCACGAGCGAGCAGCGCGUCACGAGUAGAGAGGAGCGCGCCGGCUCCGCCACCGAGCCCGGCGAGCCGCGCCGCCAGCCCGGCGAGCGGCUCAACAGCAUCAAACGCAAGCUCGAGUCUCAGAUCUCGGAGGUGGAGACGAACGGCUCGACGGCCGAGCUGCGCGGCGGCGUAUGUGUGCUGCCGACGCGGCCGGCCGAGCCGGACCGGCCGGUACCGCCGGCUGCUGCUCCCCGGCCGGUACCUCCGGCGGCGGCUGCGGCUCCGCGGCCGGCGCCUCGGCCCCAGUCGGCCGCCGCCGAGCCGUUCCAGCGGUUUCCCGAGCUGGAGCCGUUCCCGUACGAGCCGGAGCGGCCGCGGCCGGCCUCGGCCCGCGCCACCCGACCGCCGCCCACCCCCACCCGCUUCGUACCGGGCAAGUUCGGCGAGAGCGACCACGAGAGCGACUAUGACGAGCGCAUCCCGACCCGCUGGCAGGCCGACGGUUAUGAGUACAUCGACCGGCGCGAGAUCCAGGUGAGCCUGCCGGCGGCGGCGCCGCGGCCGGCCGACGCCGCCAAGCCGCCCACGCCGCCGUCCCAGUUCGACACGCCGCCGCAGAUUGAGCUGCCGCCGCGGCCCAAACUGGACGCGCCGCCGGCCGCUGAGCCGCCGCGCGACCCGACGCCCGACCGGCCGCGCUUCACCAAGAAGGCGCCCGUCGAAACGCCGUGGGUGCCCACCAAGCGGCCAGUGGCGGCGGCGCCGGCCGGCCCGGCCCCGGCGGCGGCGGCGGCGCGGCCGCAGUGGCCGCCGGUGGAGCAGCCGGACGGCGGUCCGGCGGCGCGGCGCGCCUCCCAGAGCUCGGAGCCGGAGCAGCCGCAGUACCGGAGACCGGGCUGGCCGCCGGCGCCGGCCCCCGUCCAGCCUGCCGCCGCGCACACCAGCACAACGCAGCAGCAGGCCGCCUGGAGCCAGCGACGGACGGUCGAGACGAGUACAGUCCCGGCGCCGCCGCAGCCCAGAGUCGGCGUGCCCCACAGCCCCGUGGGACCGGUGUCCCCCGGACCAGCACCGUUCGUCCCGCCGGCGGCUCAGCCCAGGGUCGGUGUGCCCCAGAGUCCUGUCGGACCGAUGUCGCCCGGGCCGGUGCCUUUCUCUCAGCCGGCGCCGCAGCCGCGCGCUGGCGUCCCCCAGAGUCCGGUGGGUCAGGGACCAGUGCCGUUCGGCCAGCAGAGCACCGGCUACAGCCGCCUCGAGAAGCGAGUCGAGAGCUCGUCGUGCGAGCGCCGCGCCGGUCCGGCCGGGGUCCGCCUCGCAUCGCCCGUGUCCCCGCGGCCGGCGGCGGCGCGCGGCCUGUCCCCGCGCCCCUCGGCAGAGGCCGUCACCAUGCAGAAAAUGUGGUCCACCAAAAAGUCGGAGAAGCUCUCCAAGAUCUGGCCGCCGCCGGCGCAGGAAGACGACCGGCCGGCGGGCCCCGUGUGGACGCAGGACGAGCGCGACCGGCCCUCGUCGGCACUCAGUCUGGGCAGCAAUGUGGAGGAGCGAGCCUACGAGAGCGCCGGCUACACAUCCGACUUUGCCGGGUACGCCUCGGAGCCGGAGCUGGCGGCGCUGGCCGCCCGCCGGCCCGACCCGUACAUCCAGCAGAAGGUGCUGCCGCAGCCGCAGCCGCAGCAGGUACAGCAGUACCAGCAGCAGCAAUACCAGCAGCAGCAGCAGUACCAGCAGCAGAGCAGGACCGUGUGGCAGCAGCAGCAGCAGAGCACUGUGCGUCAGGUCACUCAGCAGCAGACUGCGGUCGGGGCCCGGCCGGCGCAGACCGUGUUCCGACCGGUGCGGCCGUCGCCGUCCCCGCAGCGCCAGCUCGGCCCGGCGGCCGCUGCGUCGACGGCCACGUCUGUGACCAGUUUCAGCAGCCGCCAGGAGUUCCACAGCAGCCGCCAGGUGGUGCGGCAGCAGGCGCCGGCGCCGGGCGCGCCGCGGAUGCCCGGCGCCGUGGGCGUGGUGCCGCACCAGUCGCCGCGGCCCGCCCGGCCGAUCCGGCCCAAGUCGCCGCUGGUGCUGAGGGCGGCGCCGCCCGCCCGGCCGCCGUCCGCGCCCGCCCCGGCCACGGCCGCGCCGGCCGCCGCCGCCGCCCGGCCCGCCACCAGCACGCCCACGUCGGCCGCGUUCGAGCCGUUCCCGACGCUGCCGCCGUUCCCGUACCGCGCCGAGGAGCCGCGCGCGCGGCCGCCGCGCGGUCCGCCGCCGCGCAUGCCCAGCAAGUUCCAGAAGGGAGAGAUGCGCGAGUCUGACUACGAGUCUGACUACGAGGGCCGCAUCCCGGCGCGCUGGCGUCCGCAGGACAGCGGCGACGAGGAGCCGCAGUACCGGGCCGUGCGCGCGCCGCAGCCGUCCCCGGCCGCCGCCGCCGCCGCCGAGGAGAGCUCGGACGUGAUGGGCAUUCCGCUGGCGCGGCCGGCGCCGCCCGUCACGCCGCCGCGCUCGCCGCCGCCGCGCCGCUCGCCGCCGGCGGUGCGCCGCUCGCCGCCGCGGCCGGCGCGCGAGCCCGACUCAGGCUACACAGCCGACGCCGAGAACACCAUCCGCCGCCAGCGGACGUCGCUGUACUCGGAGACGGCCGACGCGACGUUCCAGUCCCAGCGGCCGGCCGACGGCGAUGAGCCGCGGUCCGAGUCGCCGCUCUCCGUGUCCAGCUUCCCGGAGCAGGGCAGCGACGCGGCGCCGCCGGUGCGUCAGAAGGAUGGUGUCGCGGCUGACUCGGCUCUGGAGGCGGCGGCACUAGACUCGGCCGUGGCUCCGCUGGCUCACUGGCCGGCGCCGCGGCCCGCUGAGCCAGCUGGAGCUCAGCAGCUCACCCAGCUGAGCCAGCAGCAGCAGCGCACCUGCCGGACCAGUGACGUCACCGACCAUCGGUCCAGUGACGUCACCGGGCCGGCCGGCAGAGCCGCGAACGGACAGCCGGCUCCGCCGCCGUCCGUGUUCAGACAGCUUAACGCCAGUGAAAGUAUUCAGCGGAUCAGCGAGCAGCUCCAGCAGACAGCGAGGCCGCCGUCCCCACCGCGGCAGGUCAAAACACAAACCAAAACCACCACGGAGAGCCUCAGCCGGCAGGUCAGGACGUCUGUCAGCACCUCUGAGAGCGCGGUGAAAAUCGCCGAUACCCCCGCUCCGCCUCCCCCUGCCCAGACCUUCUACAGCGCUACCACCUCGACCACAUCCAGCCGGAGGGAAAACGGCCUGGGACAGACCCCCCAGACCAACGGAACGUCCGGUACACAGAUCAGCAGAGCGAGAACGGAACAGAAGUCAUCUGUGAGUAACCAGAGAUCCCAAUCCAGCUCGCAGACGAGCUCCAAGAUGACAUCCCAAAUGACCUCUCAGAUGUCCUCCCAAAUGACAUCUCGUUUGACCUCACAAACAACCACACAAAUGAGCUCCCAAAUGAGCUCUCACCAAUCAAUAAACCAGUCGUCUCAGCAGCCCCAGAGACUUUCUCAGCAGACUUCCGAGCAGAGUUCCAAGCAGAGCUAUCAACAGACCUCUCAGCAAAGCUCCCAGCAGAGCUCUGAGCAGAAAUCCCUGCAGAGCUCCCAGCAGAGCUCCCAGCUGAGCUCCCAGCCGGCGGCGCAGGGCCCCGGCCGGGCGGCCGUCGCCCCCUCGCCGCCAGUGCCGUCCAAGUUCGUCCGCGGCGAGAUGCGUGAGUCCGACUACGAGAGUGACCUGGAGGGCGGCAUCGCGGCGCGCUGGCAGCCCGGCGCGGCGCGGGCGGGCGGCGCCGGCGCGCCAGGCUACCGGCGGGUGGAGUACCGCGCCGGGCAGGGCGGCGCCGGCCAGCCACCGACCGUCAACGGCCGGCCGAUGUCGUACCGCAACGAGGACCGUGCCCGCGACUGCGGCACGAAGCACAUCGACCAGGACACCGGUCUGAUCUACUUCAAGUACGACUUCGGGUACGAGUUCGGCGUCAUUCUGCCGGGCGAGAGGCCUCCGACCGUCAACAUCGACCCGUCGGCGGCGGAGCUGGACCGGGCGCAGCUCAGCGAACUCGUCACCGCCGGACGGCUGCGGCCCGAGAGCGCGUUCGGCACGCGCACGCCGCCCAACGCGUUCGUCGACUACCCGGCGACGGACGGCGAGCGGUCUGAGGGCGAGGAGAGUCGGCCGGGCAGCCGGCCGGGCAACGGCGCGCCGCAGCCGCCCGUUCUGCUGAAGCCGCUCUCGGCCGUGUACGUGGUGCGCGGCGCGCCGUUCGAGCUGCGCUGUCUGGUGGAGGCGGCGCCCGGCCUGCGCGUGGCCUGGACCAAGGACGGCCGGCCGGUGGGCGCCGGUCCCGGCUCGCCGUACCGCACCGACUCGGCCGGCGGCCUGUGCCGACUCUCCGUCCGCGAGGCGUUCGCAGAGGACGCUGGUGUGUACCGGUGCGUCUGCACUGGAGAGCAGGGCUGCGUGACGUCAGAGGCGGUGGUGACCGUGUCCGGUGAGCCCUGA